UUUGUGGCAGUCGAGUGUUUUAUCACCUCAGCAUGUGACGUGUUUCCAAAGGUUUUUCAUAAACCUGGAAGACACGAGAUCUUUGCCCUCAUCAUCUGCUUGAUCUUCUUCCUCUUACAUCUGAUGUUUGUCACUGAGGGGGGGGUCUAUGUCUUCAACCUUGUUGAGUAUUAUGGCACUACCAGAGCUUGUCGUUAUUUCAUGGCUUUAUCUGAGUGUCUGGUUCUGAUCUGGGGUUUUGGUGCUGAUCGUGUUAUGAACAUCAUCGAAGACAUGACCGGACAAAGACCUUCUGUUUUCUUCAAACUGUGCUGGAAAUACAUCAUUCCUCUGCUGUCACUGAGUUCCUUCAUCCUGUACAUGGUUGAUUACAAACGCCUCAGCAUUAAUGACUCGUACAUUUACCCCGACUGGGCGUACGCACUGGGAUGGACCAUGACACUCUCCAUUAUUCUCGUUGUGCCACUGUGGGCAGCUGGACAGAUGUGUUUGACACCAGGAACCUUCAGACAGCGUUUGUCCGUCCUUUGUCGUCCUGCUGAAGAUCCAGCCUGGCAGAGGAGAAAAAAUGAAGAGGAGGGAACGACUGUUGAACUGACGGCGUCUGCAGUGACAACUUAGAGUGACCUGCAAAGUUACAUUAAUUAUACACUUUAUUCUUAUUAUAGAAUCAGUAACAACAAUGGUUUGGGUGUUG